AUGUCUUACAACUUUAGCUCUGGAAAUUUCUCCUCGCAAUCCUUUGGAGGCUUCCUGAGGCCCACAGUUUCUGCCUACAAUUCUGUCUACCCCACAAAUGUAAUAAUUCCUCUGAAGACCUACCAGCUGGGCUCCUCCAUCUACAGUGGACAACAGGAAAGCUUUUGUGAGCCCAUUGGCAACCAGACGUCCUGUACUGGGACCAGAUCCUUCCAAACAUCCUGCUUCCACCCAAGUAAUUCCAUCUCCUUCAGACCUUGCCAGACAAAUUACACUGGAUCUCUUGGAUAUGGCAACACUGGACUUGCACCUUUUGGUCAUGGCAACACUGUCUUUGGAUGUUGUGGUCAUAGAAACACUGGCUUCCGGUAUUUGGGAAAUGGAUCCAGCUUCUACCGCCCAUCUUAUUUUUCUACUAGAAGUUUCCAGUGA